UUCUAGCAACAGAUCCGACAUUCAGGUUUAUUUAUGUCUGUCGGUGGUUUAAACUUCUGCUGGACUUCUCACUUGGUCCUCACUCUUGUAGUAUUGUUUGCAAUGUCUUCAGACGCCGGUGAAAAGUACGUUUCUGUAGAUUUUGAGAUAUUCGGCAAUGUUCAGGGUGUUUGUUUCAGAAUGUAUACAGAGGCUGAAGGCAAGAUGUUAGGAGUGAAUGGCUGGGUGAAGAACACUAGAGAGGGCACUGUGGUUGGACAGGUUCAGGGACCCCCUGAAAAAGUCAAAGAUAUCAGAUGGCGCCAGUGCUUCAGUCUUAUCCCAUGGAACAGUCUAGAAUGGGCUGGUUUGAGGGGGGGACUCACAUUUCUCACCAAAAGCAAAGCCCACGUUCACCCGCGCUGCGAUAAAUCUACACACAGGAAUAGAAUGUGCACAAGCAAUGCUGAUUAACUGCUCAAAAGCUUUUUGUGUGUUAAACUCUUUUGUUGUGUUGCCUGGGGCUGAGCUGUUGUGCACUAUAGCUCAUGGCUGCGGUUUCGUGUGCGGAGAGAAUGCAGUGUGUGUGGCCGUUUGAGGGCGUUCACAAGUCUGCUGGGCUGGUCAAACAGUGAUGAUGUCAUGAUGUCAAUCAGGGUGGGGUGCUAUACAGGGCCAAUGCGUUCAUGACAUCACAGUCUCAAAUAUGAGCCAGACGCCCAUUUGAGGGAGUGUGUCCAGCCUGCCUGUCGCCUCUCCAAAAGCUCUUACACAUUACUAGAGUAAAUGGAUGAACUAAAAUAUAAUCGUACGCACGUUUUGAACUCAUUUUGUGUAGAUUUACAAUACAUUUUUACACUAAUGCAUUUAAACCUAAUGCUAAAUAAUGAUAAUUUUUUUUGGAGACAAUAACUUGUGGCCCCUCCCAAAAAUUUAAAAUCCAAUCUAAUGAGGGCAUUGGAUGACAAUGUAGCAAAUUGAAAUGAUUGAAAUGUCAUAUAGUAUGAAUCACUAUGUAGCCAGUAUUCUAUACUCAACAUUUAAUUCUUGAGCUUUUUUACGCAAAAUUAAAAAGCAAAUGUUUUUGGCAAAGACGUUCACAUACAAAGGUCAUGUGAUAAUAAUGAACUGUGGCAUAGUGCAGUUUCUAAUUGUUAAUAUG